GUUGUGAUCACUCUGUGUGUGGGACUUGACUCCUCUGACUCUCCAACAAGCAAAAUGCAGAACAGGACAGAGAAGUUUGGGGCUCAGCUGCCUCUCUUUGCUCCAGCCAGCAGCUCUCAGCAGCAUCUGUUCAGGAAGAGCACCACCUACCUGGCUAAGAUUGCCGUUAUCCUCCAAGACGCUCCCGGCAAGAUGCUCACUUUCACUCAGUUGAUGGACAGACUGGCACCAUUAAUCUCUGAAGACAGAAAAUCUGUUGAGAACAACAUCAGAGUUUGUUUAUCAACCAGCAAAUGUUUUGUCAAGGUCCCGGUGGUCCCAGAUAAGAGAAACUACUGGAAACUGGACCCCAAUCAGAUCACAGCAAAGAUGGUGCGUCGUCACUUCAAAGGAAUCCUGCAGAACUUCCCUGAGUUGGCCUCCAAAGUGGAAAUGGAAAACACCAGCAGACCAUCAGAGCACCGCUCAGCUCUCCACUCUCCUGAACCUGCGGCCUGCAAAGCUGUUCAGAUCAGAUGUGAGGUGAAGUUCAGCAGUCCCUUCUCAAUUGAGUCCCUCCUGAAGAGAGACAGUCCCUCUGCUCGGGCCUCCAGAGCUUCUCCUCUGUCCAGCGUGCCGGUCAGAGUGGAGCAGCAGCCUCGGUCCACACUCGGACACAGAGUUGGGACAAAGAGGAGCUUCAGCUGGGACUCUGAGGAGCCUCUCCUCCUUCAAGCUUCAGCUGGAAGUUCCCCCAUCUGCUCAACAGGGGGCAGCACUCACCAUGAACUCACUGCUAAUGGAGCCACUGAGCCCUUCAAGAGGAUGCAUGUGUGCAGUGAGCCCUCAUUCCCCUUCUACACAAGAGCCAGUGCUGCUCCUUAUUUCACCAGCCCACCCAGCAGUUACAUCACUUAUUCUGUACCAUCACUUAAUCACGAUGCUGUCCAUUUUCGUUUGUAAAAGUAUUUUUUCCUACUUCCAAACUGCACUUUUAUAUGUUUUUGAGUGGAACGUAGCCCAUACUUCAAAACAUUUUUUUUCUCUUUAAAAUCUGGUGCACAUUUCAAAUCACACAAGGCCUGUAAACGGUCUCAUGUGUAUCUCAUUGUGUCUUAAAUUUUAUAUAUUUCAUAUAUUUUAUUUGUGGCUUUAUUUUGUUGGCAGAUAACUCAUGGUCAAUAGAAGUUGAUAUCUCCUGAAGUGCUACUUGAUUGCACAGUGAGAAGGUGAGCUAAAAAACUUAUCAUCUUCAACAGAUAAUAGAUUAUCCAUGUAUAAUAUGGUUAAAGGGAAUCUUUUUCUUUUUACAUGGUUGUGUUAGUGUUUGAAGAUGGUAUCUGAUCACAGGAGGGCAUCAUAUGAUUUCAAAGUGUAUCUUGAUGUGCAGUGCUUGUCAACACUUGCCCUUGUGUCAAAUUCAAAGAAUAAAGGUGUGUCUUCUGCACCGUG